AAUUGUCCCGGCCAGGACCCCCCGCUCCCCCCCAAGAACAGCCGCUGCAGACGACGAGCGAACAUGGCGGCGCCCUUGACUCGCUCGCUGGCCAAAGGGGGCUUCGUGACCUUUACACAGGCUGUGGGACAUUGCUUGCAGCCUCCAUCAUGUGGCCUUCACACCACUUCCACCAUCGGCAAGUACGCAGAUUGGAAAAUGGUUAAGGAAGUGCGCAACCGAAAGGUGGUCAAAGAAUUCGCUUUCGAAAGGCUGAACAUCAAUGCCCUUCGAAAAAAUAAGAUCAUUCCUGAGCAGAUUAAGGAAAUAGCUGACAAGGAGAUUGCAGCCUUGCCAACGAAUUCAAGCAUAACCCGGCUGCACAAGCGCUGUGCCCUUACUUCUCGGCCGCGUGGCCUGGUGACCAGAUGGCGUCUCUCCCGUAUAGUAUGGCGCCAUGAAGCUGAUUAUAAUAAACUUUCGGGAGUGCAGCGGGCCAUGUGGUGAGCGACUGGGUGCUAUAUUGUGGGAGCUGAUAAUUGUCAUACCAUUGACACUACUAAACCAUGGUGAAGUUUGUUUAUAUGUACUUCCCGCCUGAUUGAUUUUCAUUGGUUUUACAAUAUUUUUUUUUUUUGUCUACAGUGCGCACUAUAUGAGACCAUUAUCCCUUGCUGAAUUCAGAAUAACAUAUUUUUUUGUGGAUGAAUGUAAGUUAGUUUUAUACACUGUAACUUAUAAAUGACACCACUUUUUAUUUAAGUUUUUAUAAAACUUUCAUGCAUGGAAUAUCAACUGUACAUAUUUUGGAUACUGUAAUAAAUUUGUUGAACUCUUCAUAUAUUCUAUAAAAACUAGAUGCAUAA